UUAGCCACCCCGAAGCAAGUAACUACCAGCUGAAUCUGCAUACAAUUAUCCUUGCCUUUUAGUGCUUGAGCUAUCAAACACCUUCAAUCCUUGUACUGAUUACUGAACAUGUCAUGGAAGUCUCAGGUGAAACUCAAUCUGCUGAAUACAACCGAGCUCAAGAGGUAAAGAGUUUCGAUGAGACAAAGGCUGGAGUCAAAGGCCUUGUAGAUGCAGGCAUAGGCAAAGUCCCAAAGAUAUUCAUAGCACCAUCUAAUGAUCAUGCUGAUUUUCCAACAUGUCAGCAACCAAAUUUGCAAAUUCCUGUCAUAAAUCUCGGUGGCCUCUACGGUGAUCGCCACAAGGAGAUUGUUAAUGAAGUACGGAUUGCAUCCGAGACAUGGGGUUUCUUCCAAGUGGUCAAUCAUGGAGUUCCAUUGAAUGUGCUUGAAGAUAUGAUCCAAGGCGUAAGGAGGUUUAAUGAGCAAGAUCUUGAGGCGAAGAAAGAGUUCUAUAGUCGUGAUCUAAAGAGAACUGUGAGAUUCAAUAGCAAUUACGAUCUCUACCAGUCAAAAGCAGCUAAUUGGAGGGACACUUUGGCUUUUACCAAGCCCGCAGUUGAUCAUGAACCCCAAGAACUCCCUCAAGUUUGUAGAGAAGUAGCACUUGAGUACACAAACCAUGUCAUAGAGUUGGCAGAUCAACUCUUUGGAUUGUUAUCAGAGGCUCUGGAACUCAAACCGGAUUACCUAACAAGGGAAAUGGAGUGUGCUAAGUUUUAUGCCUGUGUCUGCCACUACUAUCCAGCAUGCCCUGAACCAGAGCUAACUUUGGGAGCUAGCAAGCAUUCAGAUCCAGCGUUCCUCACAAUUCUUCUUCAAGACAAAAUCGGUGGCCUUCAAGUCCUUCAUGACAAUCAGUGGGUUAACGUUGACCCCAUUUCAGGAGGCUUAGUAAUAAACAUAGGGGACUUUCUCCAGGCUAUAUCAAAUGACAGGCUCAAGAGUGUUCAACAUAGAGUGCUCACCAACUGUGUCGGUCCACGAGUUUCCGUAGCUUAUUUUUUUAAAGGAGAGACUGCUGCCAAGUCUUAUGGUCCGAUCAAAGAGCUUAUAUCAGAUGAAAACCCUCCUCUGUACAAGGAUUUCUCCAUAGAUGAGUACCAUGGCAAGUUCUUUUCCCAAGGGCUUGAUGAGAGGUCUGGACUUGACCAGUUCAAGCUAUGAAGCUAGCUACUUCCACUGGCUCAAAUCUUCAGUUUGAAAUAUGUGUCGCUGAAUGAAGUUCCAUUCUGGUAAAAUAAAGUUCUAAAGCUAACAACUUAAAAUAGAACUUGUGGCUCUUAGCUUAUGUUCUGUCAAUCUCUCAGUUUGGCUUGUAUUGUAAGAAUGUGAGGGGUAGCAACAUGUCUUUUGAACUUUGUAUUACGAGUUACAAGAGAAACUCACUUGUUAUGAUCUAAAGAUGCAAAGCUUUCCGAGCUGGCUUGAAGUUCGUAUUUGGAAUGAAAAAUCUAUCCCAGACUUAAUAUGAUGUCCUAA